AGCGCUCUGGCGGCCGCCCCGGAAGCGGUGCGGAGCACGGGGUUUCCCGGCCUGCGCGAGGGGGCUGUUUCCUUUCUCGCCUCGCGCCGCGGAGAAGCAGCACCAUGCCGCCCAAGGACGACAAGAAGAAGAAGGACGCGGGCAAGUCCGCCAAAAAGGACAAGGAUCCGGUCAAUAAGUCCGGCGGCAAGGCCAAGAAGAAGAAGUGGUCCAAGGGGAAAGUCAGAGACAAGUUGAAUAAUCUGGUCUUGUUUGACAAAGCCACUUAUGAUAAACUCUGCAAAGAAGUGCCCAACUACAAGCUCAUCACGCCUGCUGUUGUCUCGGAGAGGCUGAAGAUUCGAGGUUCUCUGGCUAGAGCUGCCCUCCAGGAGCUGCUCAGCAAAGGUUUGAUCAAACUCGUCUCCAAGCAUAGAGCACAAGUGAUUUACACCAGAAACACAAAGGGAGGAGAUGCCCCUGCUGGAGGAGAAGAUGCAUAAAGGCUUCUUCAGUGACCUCUGCAAGGAUCUGUCUUAUGUAAAAUGUAUGCAAUAAAGUUAAUGGAUUCAG